GAAGAAGAAGAAGAACAGGAAACGUCAGCAAACAGUAGGCAUACCUGUCAGAAAUGGCUACAGGAGUGGAUCAAGCAGUUGGUAUGAGUCUUGUUGUCUUCAGCCUCCUGCUGUUUACAUACUACUCUGUCUGGGUCAUCAUCCUGCCUUUCGUGGACAGUGAUCAUGUAAUGCACAAGUAUUUUCUUCCUCGGGAGUACUCCGUCAUUCUGCCUGGUGUUGCAGCCAUAAUCCUGCUCCUCUGUGUAGGGGCCUUCACUGCAGUUGUCAUGUGGAAGAGUCACAAGCCAAAGAAAGUGGACUAGUCCCAGGAUGUUAGGGUGGCUGCUGUGAGUUGAAGAAUGUGAAAAAGCCUCGAUGAGAUCAAUACACUUGAUAUCACCCCUCACUCUGUAGGAUUUGUUCGGGGUCCAGUAGAUAGUAGAUCCUGCUGACCAACUACUGCAAAGGGAGAGCUGAAUCUUGAGCUGAGCUGAAUGUGUCUCAAUGGAGUGAUGUCACCUUCACCUGUUCUGUUGUACCACAUUUGCCCAAAUUACGGGCCUGGCUUAUAAGAACCCCCUUCCCUUUUUUCCAACAGCUGUUUUAGGAAAAACACUUUCUGAAGAUAAGGGACACAAAUACUCGUCCUUUUGGGAAAGUUUCUUUGAGGUACUGCCCGAAAGUCUUUCCUCCUAUAACGGUAAAUACUUCCAUUAGGUCAGAAUGAUUCCCUCUGACUGUUUUUUUCAUUGUUUUAGUCCUCAUCAUGGCGACCGUUUUACAGGUGAUUCAGUCCACUUUCGGUUUCUGCAGUAAAGACGCUGGCAGGUGCUUUCCACUCAUUUCUUUUCCCAGCGUGGCAGCAAAACAGGUUGAACAAAAUCUCAGAACUCCAACUUGAAAGUAGAAUGGGUCUUAAAUUCUGUAAAUACUGCGGUGUGUGAAGUGUGAAUGAGGUUGAUUGUGAAUUGUUUUGAUUGCAAAGCAGCAUUUUGUCUGGAUCAAACCUACAGCACAACUGGAAAUGGUCCUUUUUCUUUGUUCAAUAAAUGCUGAUGCUUGCAACCGUGUUGUAUUUUUUGAAUCAUAUAUGUAUUGUUUAUCUUCAUAUUUGCAAAUCUUGAGUACAGCUUUUGUCUUUGUUUGGAUUGUUGCUCCACAAUAGACCACAUUGGUGUUA